AUGCCGGUCGUGAUGCGAGGGCUCCUGAUCCCCGGACCAGUGUUGUUUGAGGACCUGGCUGUCUAUUUUUCUCAAGAGGAGUGUGUGAGUCUGCACCCUGCCCAGAGGUCCCUCAGCAGAGAAGCGACACAGGAGUGUUUCAAGGACAAGGCCUUGAUUCCAGAAAAUGAUAAGAUUGAGAUUAAUCAGCUGCUACAUCUAGAAUCUAUGGGACUUGAAGAGCUUGCCCUAGAAAAAUGUUCCCUUGCUGUGCCCCUCAUCUAUUACCGAGAAAAAUGCUCUGAGCAUGGAGCUGGAAACUUGGAAAGGAAAAUAUCAGGUGGAACUUCUGCUUGCAAGAAAAGGUUCAGAAGCCUUUUAGUUACCAUUGAAAACCACACCCCAAAGAUAGAACUAGCUCAAAGUUUAAGAACCAGAGCACUUCCCAAAAUUCUUCCAUUUCCCAAAGAAACCAAAAAGUCAUACAAGUGUCCUGAAUGUGACCAAAGCUUCAGUGAUAGUUCAUACCUCGUUUGGCAUCAGAAAACACAUGUAGGAAAGAAAAAGUGUGAAUGUGAUGACUGCGGGAAGAUUUUCAAUCACAGAUCCAACCUGAGAGCUCACAGGAGAAUCCACACUGGUGAGAAGCCAUAUAAGUGCCUCGCCAGUGUGGAGUGCGGCACAGUGUGGCAGCAGCCCUCGCACCUGUUUCAGCACAGGAAGACCCACCUGAAGGAGAAAAUCCAUAGGUGUGGCAUAUGUGGAAGGGGGUUCACGCAGCUCCGGGGACUGUCACAGCAUCAGAAAACCCACGCUGCCACAAAAGCCGGCGAUAAAUAUGUUGGUCAGAAAACAAAUCUGGCUUUGCCUGAGGAAAAGCACCGGUAAGCCUCCCAGCAACUGUGCAGCCCCAGCAGGAAAUGUUUUGGGCAGCCCUCGUAUCCCUGCCCAGGAGAGGCCACAAGGCCAAUCUGAACACUACAGCAACUGAGGGGAAAUUUUGCUUUCACUCUCAAAAUUCAAACCCUUAAAGUGUUCCACGUGUUCGAAGACCUUUCUUUCUGCCUCUGAGCUUAUCUCUCAUCAGAGCAUUCACAGAAGGGAAAAGCCCCAUAGACCCAAAACAU